UGAUAAGUGUUUGUCUCUCUGUGUUUCAGGGUCGUCAUGUCAAAACAGGUCAGCUCGCUGCCAUCAAGGUUAUGGACGUCACAGGAGACGAGGAGGAGGAGAUUAAAGCAGAGAUCAACAUGUUGAAGAAGUACAGUCACCACAGGAACAUCGCCACCUACUAUGGAGCCUUCGUCAAGAAGAAUCCUCCCGGCAUGGACGACCAGCUGUGGCUCGUCAUGGAGUUCUGCGGCGCCGGCUCCGUCACAGAUCUGAUCAAAAACACCAAAGGGAGCUCGCUGAAGGAGGAGUGGAUCGCCUACAUCUGCAGAGAGAUCCUCCGGGGUCUGACUCAUCUCCACCAACACAAGGUCAUCCACAGGGAUAUUAAAGGCCAGAACGUGCUGCUGACGGAGAACGCAGAGGUCAAACUAG